GGUUUAACGCAUGCCACUGUGGAAGCAUUACAGAGCGUGGCGUCGAGUCCAUGAAAGUAGGCGGCGUAUCAGACGAAACCGAAAUCGUCAAAGAUGUUGCGAUCACACCACAUGAUCACCGUUAUGCUACCAUGUUUAGUCCGGACUGUUUUCGCGGACAAUUGCUCCAUUUCAUCGUAUCAAUGUGGCACACACUUCACGUGCCCGAGCAUCUUUGAACGUAACAAUAUUUGUCCGUUCAGCAGAAUGCCGGAACAACGGGAGGAGAUCAAAGGCAAGCUUGCCACUUUCGGUAUGGGCUGCUUCUGGGCGGGGGAUUCUCUCUUUGGAGUACUGCCUGGUGUCAUCAGAACUUGUGUCGGUUACGCUGGUGGGAUCAAGGAGUCUCCGGCAUACAAGAACAUGGGAGACCAUACUGAGGUCAUCAAUAUCGAAUAUGAUCCAGAACUAGUAUCUUACACACAUCUACUAAGCUUGUUUUGGAACAAUCAUGAAUAUAGUCUAACAAAGAAGAUUAAAAGACAGUACAUGUCACUGAUCUUAUAUCACGAUGAAGAACAAAAAUUACAAGCUGAAAAAUCUCGCGAGCAGGAACAACGGAAGCGUGGAGAAGUCUUUGUCACAGAAAUUCAGAAGUUUUCAAAGUUUUAUCCAGCCGAAGAUUACCAUCAGAAAUAUCGACUGCAGAAUCAUCCAUGGCUAAUUGAAACAUUGGGCUUCAACACACGAGAAAUUUUGUGUGAGUCUCCACUAGCAGCCAAGUUGAACGGCUACAUCGCAGGAGCUGGUACCUUGGAACAAUUUGAAAGAGAGUUACCGAAUUUAGGAUUAAAUGAGAAGUCGGUACAAUAUUUAACGAAAUUUAUUAUUGAGAAUCAAGGCAGUGGCUUGUACUGCUAGCAAAUCUAGUACAAUGGGAAAAAUGCAAAUAAUAUUUUUUACACUAACAAAUAUAGGUUGGACAUUCUCAAAUUCUUCGUAAGAAGAACAUACACAGCUCGAUACACAUUAUAUACAUUAUAUGUACAUACUAUAUAUAUCAUGUACACUGGAUAUCAAUGCACAAAUGCCUUAAAUAUUUAUGUACAUACUUUUUAGUUGUUCAUAAAUAUUUAAUAUUAUGAUUGUAUUUAAUGUCCGCCUACAG